AUGAAGUCUUCUCUCCUCGCGCUUCUCCCCCUCUUCCUGUCCGCCUAUGCGGUCCCGGCCGCUCCAGGUUGGAGCUUCGACCUGAAGAACGUCACUUCCGGAAUCGUCGCACUUGAAGCUAUCGUCGUCUCGCCGACCCUUGUCAUCUGGUUCGACCGUGCCUCAAACGACCCCCUCCAGAUCAACGGCCAUUCCGCCUGGGGAGCCUUGUACAACCUCGAGACUGAGACCGUCACCCCCCUCGAUGUGCUUUCCAACUCGUUCUGUGCCAGCGGUGCGCUGCUCAGCAACGGAUCCAUGGUCAGUCUGGGGGGAGACCCGGACGGUUUCGUAGGAAACCCUGGUAUCCUGAACGGGACGCAGGCGCUCCGAAUCUUCGAGCCCUGCGCAUCGCCCACCGGAGAAGGCUGCACGCUGUUCGAAGAUCCAGCGACGCUUCACCUCCUCGAGACCCGCUGGUAUCCCUCCUCCGCCCGUAUCUUCGACGGCAGUCUCCUAAUUGUCGGAGGCAUGCACGAGGACACGCCUUUCUUCAACACAGACCCCGCGCUCUCUUUCGAAUUCUUCCCGCCCAAGGAGGACACACCCCGCCCGUCCGAGUUCUUGAAGCGCAGUCUCCCCGCGAACCUGUUCCCUCGCAUCUUCGCUCUUCCCGACGGAAAGGUCUUCAUGGUCGCUAACAAUCAGUCCAUCAUUUACGAUAUCGAGGCCCAAACCGAGACCAUCCUCCCGGACAUCCCUAACAACGUUCGCGUCACGAACCCCAUUGAUGGCUCCGCAAUCCUUCUCCCACUCUCUCCUCCCGACUACACCCCCGAGGUCCUCGUCUGCGGCGGCUCCGCCGUCGACCCCGACGGCAUCCCCUCCACGGCACUCAACGCUCAUAUGCCCGCCACGUCGCAGUGCUCGCGCAUCACGCUCACCAAGGAGGGCAUAGCCGCCGGCUGGCAGGUCGAGCAUAUGCUCGAAAACCGCACUAUGCCCGAGCUCGUCCAUCUCCCGAACGGCCAGGUGCUCAUCAUCAACGGCGCCGGCACCGGCUUCGCAGCGAUCGGGUCGGUCUCGGACCCCGUUGGCAACGCGAACGCCGACGACGCCGUGCUCGUGCCCUCGCUCUACACCCCGGACCUCCCCCUCGGCCAUCGCAUCUCGAACAAGGGCAUGCCGAACUCGGGCAUCGCGCGCGUCUACCACUCCUCCGUCACGCUUACCCCACAGGGCAACUUCCUCAUCGCUGGCAGCAACCCGAACCCGAACACAACGUUGGCAGCGCCGGGCAUCAAGUUCCCGAGCGAGUUCCGGAUCCAGACCCUCGACCCGCCGUUCAUGAAUGUGGCGCGGCCGCGGAUCCUGAGCAUGCCCGAGAAGAUCGGGUUCGGCAAGACUAUCACCGUCCCGAUCUCGGUGCCGGCCGCGCUCCGCCGCGCUGGGUCGAACAUUCAAGUCUCGCUCAUGGACCUGGGCUUCUCCAGCCACGCGUUCCACUCGAGCGCGCGCCUCGUCUUCAUGGACGCGAAGAUCGCGCCCAACGGCAAGUCACUCACCUUCGUCACGCCGCCCAACGGUCGCGUCUACCCUCCUGGUCCAGCGACCAUCUUCCUGACCAUCGACGACGUCACGAGCGAGGGCGCGUGGGUCAUGGUUGGCAGCGGUAACUCCCCGCCGACGCUCGAGUAG